AUGGGCUAUGAAAACGGCUUAGUGGUACGGUCUGGCGUUUACGCGCUUGUCGCAUCAACUGUGGGAUAUUUCCUGUUCAUUGGGGUUUUGACCAUUCCCACUUGUCAAAACCAAACCAUAUACCUAAACAAAGUUACCUUGACCUGGGGCCAAGAUGUCACCGUCCCUGAGCAAUGGGGCUUCCUUCACAACCAAGUCACGCCAUUCACUCUGGAUACCAGCGAUGGAGAAACGCUGCAUGCCUGGCAUAUCCUCCCACUUGGACUCUAUCGAACAUACGAGAAGGAGCUUAUAGCAGAGCCUGCCGGUAUCGCGCUUGACAUCACUUCUCGGCUAGGAUUCAAGUUGUUGAGAGAAGACCCAGAGUCUCUGCUUGUCCUCUACUUCCAUGGAGCGGCAGGCACACUAGGAUCUGGCUGGCGGCCUCAAAGCUACCGGGCCAUGUCUGCACUCAACCAAGACAAGAUCCACACAGUCGCCAUCGAUUAUCGUGGCUUUGGGAUAAGCUCUGGAUCCCCAUCAGAACAUGGCCUGUUGACCGAUGCUCUCACUUUGGCCAAGUGGGCGGUAAAUACCGCCAUCACGCAUACUACCCAAGUCGACCAGCCAAUAUUCUUUUCAGGGAUGGUCCUCGUGGCACCGUUCGCGGAUGUUGAGCUGCUGACGGCUACGUACCGGAUUGGGGGUACAAUUCCACUGCUUGAUCCCAUUGCUCGUUUCCCCUGGCUUCUAGACUUCUUUAAUCGCUUUAUUAUUGCUAAGUGGCCUAACAAGAAUAAGCUCGCAGAGUUGAUACGAUUCUGUGAGAUGUCUUCCGACGACUCGGCACGGUACAACAUUACUAUUAUCCACGCAGAGGAUGACUAUGACAUUCCUUGGAAACACAGUGACCUGUUAUACUGGCACGCUAUUAACGCAACUUUGCCACAUGGGAUAAGUUAUGAAGAACUUGAGAGGGAAAAGCUAGCCUCAAAAUUGGAUUUACAGGCUGGAGGUUGGGUUGUGAAACAAGAGACGCAAAAGGGAAACCUUCGAGAAGCCAUCACGACAUGGGGGCUGCAUGAUAAGAUCAUGUCUUACCCUAUUGUCAGUUUAGCAAUUUCAAGGGCUUUCCAGGAUAAAGACUAA